GCGGCGGACCAACAUGGAUAGCACUUACACAUCACCCGCAGCGUUGAUGCUCCAUCUCGCUGUGUACCUACUGGUCAACGUAAGUGUUGCGACCAGGAAAUCCGGACCAUGUAAGGUGAUGCAAAGUACUACCAGAUCGAUCCACCGCCGCUCGUAUAUACACUACAUGGUCUUUCAGCAGGAUUACCAAGUAUUCCCUGAUUCCUUGAUACAAAAAAAAUAUAUGAAGCAUAACCGGUUAUAGGAGUGAAUGAUAUGAGACCUUGGCUCGAUUCUUCGAAAACCAGGCUCACCUGUAUGCGGUAGCACUCGCG